AUUUAGUGGUCCAAAUUAAAAAGGGUGAUAAAAAUUGAGUUACAGAAACGACGAAGACGAUUCUUCCCAUGGCUUCUUCACUGGAGAAGCUUAUUUCAAGCUUUCUACUUGUCUUGUACUCCACCACCAUCAUUGUUGCUUCAUCAGAAUCUCGAUGUAGGCGUUUUAAAUCGAUCAUCAGCUUUGGUGAUUCCAUCGCCGACACCGGAAAUUAUCUCCAUCUCUCUGAUGUUAACCACCUUCCUCAAUCCGCCUUUCUUCCUUAUGGCGAAAGCUUCUUCCAUCCUCCCUCCGGCCGUUACUCGGACGGCCGUCUCAUCAUCGACUUUAUAGCUGAAUUCUUGGGACUACCGUACGUACCAUCUUAUUUUGGAUCCCAAAACGUGAGCUUUGAUCAAGGUAUCAAUUUCGCGGUGUAUGGUGCAACUGCAUUGGAUCGUGUGUUUCUUGUGGGAAAAGGAAUUGAAUCUGAUUUCACCAAUGUUAGUUUAAGUGUUCAGCUUAACAUCUUCAAACAGAUUUUACCUAAUCUUUGCACCUCGUCUUCUCAUUGCAGAGAGAUGCUUGGAGACUCGCUGAUACUUAUGGGUGAGAUUGGAGUAAAUGACUAUAAUUACCCUUUCUUUGAAGGCAAAAGUAUCAAUGAAAUCAAACAGCUUGUUCCUCUAGUCAUCAAAGCUAUUUCUUCUGCUAUUGUGGAUUUGAUUGAUUUAGGGGGCAAAACGUUUCUGGUCCCUGGAAACUUCCCAUUAGGAUGCUAUCCCGCGUAUCUCACUCUAUUUCAGACCGCGGCAGAAGAAGACCACGACCCUUUCACAGGUUGUAUCCCACGGCUCAAUGAAUUCGGAGAGUACCACAACGAACAGCUCAAGACAGAACUCAAAAGACUCCAAGAACUAUACGAUCAUGUCAAUAUCAUUUACGCCGACUACUACAACUCUUUGUUCCGGUUAUAUCAAGAACCAGUCAAAUAUGGGUUUAAGAACAGACCUUUGGCUGCUUGUUGCGGAGUCGGAGGUCAAUACAACUUCACUAUUGGUAAAGAGUGUGGACACAGAGGAGUUAGCUGUUGUCAAAAUCCUUCUGAAUAUGUGAAUUGGGACGGUUAUCAUUUAACCGAGGCCACACACCAGAAGAUGGCUCAAGUUAUACUCAACGGUACCUAUGCAUCACCUGCUUUCGACUGGUCCUGCUCUGGCUCUGAAUCAGUGGAUAAAGAGUAUUCUUUCAGCAGUUAA